UAUGUGCAGGGAUCUCAUAGCGGCCCCAUCCCCUUCUGAAAAUAAGCCUUGCAUCAAUUUAUUGUUUACAACGUCAGAGGGAGAAGGCUGAACAAGACCAAGCACAAGGCUACCAUAGUCAACCUUUAACCCGAGUGAACUACCAAUUGCCUCCAGAUACCGCCACUACGAUUUCUAUAAGACAAUUCUACGAAUCUACCACAACUUAUUCGCUGUAGAAGAUCUUCGCUUGUAACUCCUCCAUUACCUCUACAGCUCGACGUUGCCACCAUCCAAAAUGGCUUCACCGCAGAACAAUGCCCCAAUUAGCACCACGAGACUAAAGCAGAUCGCGAUGGACGCUUGCCAAAGCGCCAUCGGUAGUGCCGAGUUCUACGAGCAUUCGAAAGUCGAAGGUUGGAACGCCACCAUCAUCAACUCGAUCCUCCGAGCUGUCAUAUCCGAAUCGACCCCCUCCGGCUCCCAGACCCCAGCCCACAAAUACGUGGUCAACAGCACCAUCGUGCAACACCUGGUGCCGACCUCGGCGCUUAACAAGCCCAAAGGCGGCAGCGAGGUCAAGGCCGAAAGCCCGCGCAUCAGCACCAGCGACGGCGGCAACGCGACGGCCACGGACGGGAAGCCCCACGUCGGUCGGCGGGGCAUGCACUCGGCCACGCAGGCGUUCUGGAACGAGAAGACGGACGGGAUGUGGAGCUUCAAGUACGACGGCGGCGAGGGCAAGGGCUUGGAUGUUGUUAUUAGCGUCAUCUGGGUCGGGAUAUGAGGGUGUGUAAAGUCUGGCUUGGUAAAUGGCGUGGGGGGGCUGGGGCUGGCUGUAAAAACAUGUUGUUAUAUCUACGCGGAAGACAAAUUGAUACCUUUACAACCCCUAUUGUUCUUAUGGGACUUGACGUUAACGUUGAAAUGUUCCGUUUGCUUGACGGUAGCGUGUAGCCGUAUGAGGAACUCGGGCAGCCUGCAAUGUCUAUUCGGAAAUGGGUAUAAUUGAUACUACAGUAUGUGGAAUCAGUUGCCCUAGGGACUUCCGCAGCCUUGACUUGUAUUUGUAGUGAGGUAUAGUUUUAUCAAUGUUAUCCAUGUUUGUAUAGAGAGG